UCUCGUGGCGACGUGCGUCGCGCGCCGGAGCGCGCGUGAGUGACUGACCGACAGUCUUUUUCUGAGAGAGAGAGAAAGGGAGGCUGGAUACAAACAGCAGCCGGGCUUCCAGGCAGCGACAGCCAGACACUCCGCGCAGCCCCCUCGCCUCGGUCCCUGCUCCGCACACCCAUGCAGGAUGCCCGGAGAGCGCCGGGGAGUCCUGGUCCAGCUCAGCCGGAGUUCAUGACGCUCUGGGCGGCCUCGUCAUGCGUCUCUUGCCCGAGCCCAGCGCCCAGUCUCUCCGGCUCCUCUUCCUCUUCGUCUUCGUGAUGGGGGUGACCCCGUCCCCGGCUCUCACGGCCGGCUGUCCCGACAGAUGCGUGUGCGACGACCAGCUGGUGGUCCAGUGCGCCGGGCAGGAGCUCACCUUGUUCCCCAACGACCUGCCCCUGGCGACCCGACAGCUCAUCAUCUCCAACAACCGCAUCGGGGACCUUCCGGCGCUGCAGCUCAACUACCUGUCCGAUCUGGUCUACCUGGACUGCAGCAACAACUCCCUGACCGAGAUCUCCGAGUCCACCUUCGGGAAUUUGCGGAAACUCGCCUACCUGGACCUGUCGUUCAACACGCUGCUGCAGGUCGAGGACCGGACUUUCGGGCCCCUGGCGUCGCUGGUGAUGCUCCGGCUGACGGAUAACCCGAGCCUCGGGGAGAUCCACCCGGACGCCUUCUCGGAGAACAUGGCCCUGCAGGUGCUGGACGUGAGCCGGAACAACCUGACGGCCCUGAACAUCAGCAGCCUGAUCGCCCUGCCGGCCCUGCGGUCCCUGGGGCUCAGUGGGAACCCGUGGAGCUGCGACUGUGACACGGAGGACCUCUGCCUCUGGGUGCAGAUAGAGGGCUUCAAGUUCCAAGACGAGGGCCAGACGGUGUGCCACAGCCCCCCAGAGCUGGCGGGCCAGCGGUUGGCGGAGGUCGGCAUGCAGCUGCGGGCGGACUGCCACCAGGGCCUGGGCUACUGGGACUACCUCUUCUUCAUCGCCAUCGGCUUCGUCAUCUUCUCGGCCGGCACGGUGUCGGCCUGGGUGAUGGGCGUGCUCAUGGUGCUGUACGAGCGCUACAGCAAGAGGAAGAGCGAGGACAUGGACAGCGACGACGAGGACGACAGGGGGGGGAUGGGCGGGGGAGGAGGAGGAGGGGGGAACCAGGGCAACGGGGACCUGAGCAAGCCCGGCAUGCAGGUCUAA